CCGUUAGAAUGAUCGGAAUGGUAGGUUGCCGACGUGUGAGGAAGCCCGCGACGCUAAAGAUGAGAACGGGAGGAGGACGCGAUAUAUAAUUUAUUCUCGGAGCGCACACAUACAUGUCAAAAAUUGGCGUGUGAUGGCGGCGAUGUUGAAGGACAGAGGACAAUUUCCUUUUGAAGACAAAUGGCCCUGUAUGCGACCUAUUAUUCUGAAGCUUUUAAAACAAGAACCAGUAACACAAGGAGAAUGGCAAGAUUUGUUUUAUUCCGUUCAUUUGGUUUGUCUAUGGGACGAAAAAGGCCCACCCAAAUUAAGGGAUGCUCUCAAAGAAGAUAUUAUGGACUUCAUCAAACAAGCUCAACAGCGAGUGUUGGCCCAUCACGAGGAACAAGCCUUACUCAAAGCUUACAUAACCGAGUGGCGAAAAUUCUUUACUCAAUGCAAUUAUCUGCCGACGCCAUUUCGUCAAUUAGAAACUUCUCUGGCGGGUAAACCGAGUAUUCAGAAGAGGAACCAAGCCGAUGAAAGCAUAGUCAGAAAACUUAUGUUAGAUAGUUGGAACCAGAGUAUAUUCAACGACAUAAAAAAAAGACUUCAAGAUUCUGCAAUGAGACUGGUCAGGGCAGAAAGAAACGGCGAGGCGUUUGAUUCUCAGCUGGUCAUCGGAGUAAGAGAAUCGUAUGUUAAUCUCUGCUCGAACACAACGGACAAGCUACAGAUUUAUCGAGAAAAUUUCGAAGCGGCUUAUAUCGAGGCGACCGAAGCUUUCUACUGGAUAAAAUCGCCCGAGCAAUUGUCGUUACAUGGAGUUGAGAAUUAUAUGCGUUACGCGGAAGCGAAACUCCGUGAAGAGGAGUUGCGAGCUCAAAAGUAUCUUGAGCCGAACAGUGCGAGUGUUCAAUUGUUAACGGAUUGUUGCGUUCGAGUUCUCGUUGCGACUUUCAAACCAGCGAUUCUCGCUGAAUGUCCACGGAUGAUUCAGAACCAUCAGACAAGCAAAUUGCGACUCAUGUUAAAAUUAAUGGACAGAGUCCCCGAGGGCGUGGGACCGAUGUUAAAAGAUUUGGAAGAGCACAUAUCGAGUGCGGGACUUGCAGACAUGAUGGCUGCGGUCGACGUUAUAACCCAAGACUCAGAAAAAUAUGUUGAGCGAUUGCUCGAAUUAUUUCGUCGGUUUUCAACCCUCGUUAAAGAAGCCUUCGAUGACGAUCCACGGUUUCUUACCGCUCGCGACAAAGCCUACAAGCUCGUGGUAAAUGACGCAACGGUAUUUCGAUUGGAAUUACCCUCGCGACAAGGAGCCGCUGGUACGGCAGUUAUCAACAGCAAACCAAACAACAAUAACAACGGACAACCCGAAUCGAAGUGUCCCGAGCUACUUGCCAAUUACUGUGACAUGCUUCUACGCAAAACUCCACUCAGUAAAAAGCUUACUUCUGACGAGAUCGAGAGUAAACUUCGUGACGUUCUUCUCGUACUCAAAUACGUGCAGAAUAAAGAUGUCUUCAUGCGAUACCAUAAAGCCCACUUAACGCGAAGAUUGAUACUCGACACUUCGGCCGAUUCCGAAAAGGAAGAAAACAUGGUUGAGUGGCUUCGUGAAGUCGGCAUGCCUGCCGAUUACGUAAACAAACUUGCACGGAUGUUUCAAGAUAUCAAAGUCUCCCAGGAUCUCAAUCAACAGUUUAAGGAACAGUGUCGAGCGACCAUCGCCGACAGCAUUAAUAUUAAGAUUUUGAAUGCGGGUGCUUGGGCAAGAGGAAGCGAACGCGUAACCGUCAGUUUGCCUCUACAACUCGAGGACUACAUCCCCGAGGUCGAAGAAUUUUACAAGAAAAAACACAGCGGACGAAAAUUGCAGUGGUAUCAUCACAUGUCCAAUGGCACGAUAACAUUUUCGAAUCAAGUUGGCCGUUUUGACGUGGACGUGACGACUUUCCAAAUGGCUGUUCUUUUCGCCUGGAAUCAACGACCCCUAGAAAAAAUAUCCUACGAAAAUUUGCGUUUAGCGACUGAGCUUCCAGAUCCUGAACUCCGACGUACGUUAUGGUCGCUUUGCGCCUUUCCUAAACUCAAGAGACAACUUCUCCUGGUCGAUCCCCCGGCUCACAGUCCAAAAGAUUUUGCACACGAUACCAAAUGUUGGGUCAAUCAGGAAUUUGCCAUUGUUAAAAAUGGCAAAUUACAAAAAAGAGGUAAAAUAAAUCUCAUAGGAAGACUUCAAUUAUCGACUGAACGUAGUAAAGAGGAGGAUAAUCAAUCUAUCGUACAACUUAGGAUACUGAGAGUUCAGGAGGCAAUUAUAAAAAUCUUGAAGAUGCGUAAGAAAAUUAAUAACGCCCAAUUACAAACGGAGCUGGUCGACAUUUUAAAGAACAUGUUUUUGCCAAGUAAAAAGAUGAUAAAAGAACAGAUCGAGUGGCUUAUCGAGCACAAAUACAUACGAAGACACGACGAUGACAUCAACACCUUCGUAUACAUGGCGUAACCCGAGUUUCGGUUCAGAUAAUUGUACGAAUGUACGGGACUAAUUCUCUAUAUUUUUUUAUAAGAAUUGGAGUUCUUUUUUUUCCUCGUCCGUUUGUGAAGGAACGUCAACGUGCGAUACGCGGAGCGAGGGAUGAAAUUUCGCAAUCGAGUCGAGGAUCGAUGAAUCGUAAAGAUAGUCAUUGACAAAAAAAAAGGGAAAAACGGAAAAAAAACUGUCGAGCGGAACCAGCUGUGAAAUAGAACAAUCAAGUAGAAACAAGAAGUCGGAUAAUGAGCAGCGUUCGGUUCGAAAAUAUUCAAAACGCUUUCCUUUUGGAGAAACCAAUUAAUUGACUAAUCGUUGAGUUUAUCUGUGUAAAUUUUUAAUCGAUCAUGCUCAUUUUUCUGCACGUUAUAAAAAAAAGCAUACUGAACAAUCAUAGUGAUCAUCGCAAAUUCCGUCGCAAAUGCUAUGAUGAAGAAGUGACUAAAGAAAAGAAAAUAAACGAAUUAAUCGGAUCUCUGGCCAUUCUACUAAUAAAAAUCGUUUGUAACGAUGAUGAAGAAAUAAACCCAUCGCGGCCUAUCGCCCCCCAUACCCUUCACUCAAGCAUUUAUGUAUAAAUAAUACGCCACAGUGUAAAAUGUGUACAACGGUCAAGAAUUUGUUUUUUUUUUUACGCAUUUAAGUAGCCAUUGUUCGAAAGUAAGCAUCGAAAUAAUCCUCGUUGUUGGGACAAGGAUAAUGCACAUUUUAUAGAAAUUUCUUGUAUAAAGUCUUCAUCACAUUUUGAUUCGUUUAAUUAUUGUACCAAUAUAAGUGAGAAACAGCGAAUUAAAAAAGAACUGAAUUUUUUCAA